UGAGUAUUUUUAGUCAUUCAUUUGUGUUCAAGAGUCCGCGCUGUGCAAAUCUAAAUCAAAUUCAAAAACAUGGGUGUUCCAGCUGGUGAUGUUGAAAAGGGCAAGAAACUCUUCGUCCAACGUUGUGCUCAAUGCCACACUGUCGAAGCUGGCGGUAAACACAAAGUAGGCCCCAAUUUGCAUGGUUUGUUCGGCCGCAAGACUGGUCAAGCCGCUGGAUUCGCCUACACAGAUGCCAACAAAUCCAAGGGCAUCACCUGGAAUGAAGAUACCUUGUUCGAAUACUUGGAAAACCCCAAGAAAUACAUCCCAGGCACAAAGAUGAUCUUUGCUGGUUUGAAGAAGCCUGGAGAUCGCGCUGACCUCAUUGCCUACCUGAAAUCCGCUACCGCUUAAUUUCCAUCCCGUUUCAUCGCCACAAAUUAUAAUUUAUGUAUAACUAAACCUAAAUCAAUUCUUUAUGUUAAUACCUAAAUUUUAAAUAAACAUUACUUUAGUUAAUGUAAAUUUAAAUUAUUGUGAAACGAAGUAUGCUGGAGAGCAAUGUAUUAGCAACAUAAAUCAAUAGAAUAAAACGAAUCAUUAUUACCUCACAUUUACCAAACACAAAAA